AUGAGGCAAGGUGUGGACGUCACGUCGAUCGGGGUCACUCGCGCGCUUGAUUCAGAAGAUGGUGAAGCGGACGACAUAGAAGAAGCGCGCAAUGGGUCGUCUGCUGAACAGAUACUACAUUCUAAAGAAAAACAUAGGAAAUAUAAAAUAAUAUUGAAUGUGGUUCAAAAGAUAAAUAUGUGUUUCCUUGUCACAUUUAUAGUGUACUUUGUGUGGACUAUUACCAGUAACCUUGGAAAGGAAUAUUCGGGAGCGCCAUCAUUGAACCAGACGACAAUUUCAAACUCUACUACUCAGAUCGAAGAAUACUCAAAUUUCUCCAAAUCAGGGACAGCUUAUAUUCCGAAUCUUUCUGCAUCAGACGAACACCAAACAGACCCGCCCUACCUCACACGAGUCGUUGUGCCAACACACCGAAAGCAGGCCAAACGACGACGAAAAAAGGACAGGAACCGGAGGCGCAGACUUCGUCAGAGAAACAAGAAACUGGCACUUAAUAGUUUUGACGACUUUUUAAAUGACACUUCUGAGUCGAAGAGGAAUAGAAAAACUAAAUCUGCGUGUUCAGACUGUAAAAUACGAAAACGGAAAGGUCGGAAACACUUGGAAUCUGGCAGAUUAAGUCCUACCAUUCUUCGCAAAGUUUUGGAAAAGGUGGCAGACGAUACUUUGUCAGGAGCGCGUGCAGGAGACGGUAGUAUUUCCAGUAUUCUUAAAGGAGCACAAGUCAGUGAUGACAGUGGAAAUGAUGACAUAAAAAAGGGAACGGGAUGGAGUUAUAACCAGCACUGGGCCAACAUCGCUGGGGAUGACAUCAACCUUGGGGACGAAACAGAUUAUCGUAUUGAUGGUGGUUACGGGACGGGGUUCGCGACACCCUGGUCGCCCUGGAGUCCAUGCAGCACCACGUGCGGGGCCGGGCAGCAAGAGCGAAUGCGCAGCUGUGGGGCCGCCUGCACAGAAGUCGAGUCCAUGGUGUGCGUCUUGCAGAUAUGUGAAGACGGGAAUAAUGUGGCCAAUACGAAUACCAUCAACGAGUUCUACAAAUGGGAGUCAGAUGACUUUGUGCCGCCUCUCGACCGUCUAGAACAUAAUGACCUUGACAUUGGUUCCGAUGUUUGCGGAAACUGGGUCGAGUGUAAUUCCAAAUUUGCUCAAGACUUUAUCAACAACGCCACACUUCCCGGGUGCCCAUGCAUAUUUCCACUUAUACGGGUUAAAACUAAGCAUAUAUUUGACGUCACCUUAGACACUGACGUCACAUGGUUAGACAGUAGCGGUCAUGAUGAUUUAGUGUAUAAACCUGGGGCCAAAGCCUGCAUGCGAUCAACUUUGGCAUCAGGUACGACAACUCUUGCUGUUCAACAGUGUUGCUAUGACGACACGUACAUGCUGGUGACACGUGGAAGAGCAGCUGGUACACCCAUGCUGAUAAGCCCAGAAAUAUCGGAGGAGCUACAUUACAAGAUCGAUCUCUUGCCAUGGGUGAUUUGUAAAGGUGAUUGGACAAGAUACAACCAGGUACUGCCUCCAAACAACGACUUCCGAUGUGCAGAAAAUCCAAAUGAGGAAACCCUUCAGUUUCAGAAGAGUUUACUGAGUAACUACUGAGUCCAUCCCCCUGCCAGUAGUUCCAGAUUACCUCUAGGGGUCAAGCAUCGAUAUACAGACAUAAACAGGCACCUUUAACGGCUAGUAGCUGGACCGGGUUGUGUCAUGGAUUUUCCUUAUCAUAAUUGGAAUCAAACUCACAAUCUGCAAGUCGUUAAAAACGUGUUAAAAUUAUUGUAAUUGUGCAUGAAGUGAGACUUGCCUACAGUUGUCCAAAUGGUGUUGAAGGAUAAGGCUUUGUUAUACGAUUUUAAUACCACAUUAGUAAACAAUCAUACAGAUGGUUUAAAAACAAUCAUAAUAAGGCCGUAAAAGGAUUGUUAGUAUGACAAACCGAGACGAGGGGAUGCAGGGUACACGAGGGAGACAGGACACGAGGGGUGUGUGUUACUCGUGCAUUAGAGUAUUUUGUUAAUGUAGGUCAUUAAUGACAUUGACUCAUUUGUUAAAUACCAAUUAAUAUACUAA